GUUUUUUUUAUUUUCUAUUUUUAAUUUUAUUCUUAUUCUUUAGACAUUUUCCUCUUUGGCUGCAUCUCCAUGCAAUUCCUGUCAUGGACCCAGCCACAUAUAUAGAUCCCAACCUAACGGUGCCCGACCGAUUGGUGCUGGAGCAUCUCCUGAAGGAAGCCGAGUCGCCGGCCGCUCCGAAAACCCCAACCAAUCUCUCCAACCCCAGUCAAAAUGAAGAAGAAGAGCAAGCAACCGCACUGGACGCGCAAGCGCAACUUACGCUGCAGCAUCUCGAGUCGCUCAACGACCCGCACAACAGCAGCACCUUCACCCCCACCGUGACAGUGACCUGGGAUCUACCGGAGCUGCGCCGCCGGGUGCCCGCCUGGCUGCUGCAGCCCUACAUCCAGACGGCACGCUCCCUCGUCCGCGUCGAGACCGACGUCGUCAUGCUCACCCACCUGCUGCUCUACUUUAGCACCUCCGUCCCGAGCGCCCUGUACCUAUUUUUCGGGACCUUCCACUGGUGGCACGGCCUGUUGCACUGGCUCAUGCAAUCCUACUACGUCGGCACCUACACGCUGAUGAUGCACCAGCACAUCCACAUGGGGGGCAUCCUCACCCGCUCUUCCUCCUCCCUGAUCACCCGCGUGGACAGCCUCUUCCCCUACCUCCUCGACCCCCUCAUGGGCCACACCUGGAACUCCUACUACUACCACCACGUCAAGCACCACCACGUUGAGGGCAACGGGCCGCGCGAUCUGUCCAGUACGCUGCGGUACCAGCGGGACUCGCCGUGGGAUUUCGCCUGCUAUGUCGCGCGGUUUUAUUUUCUGGUCUGGUGCGAGUUGCCCGCGUAUUUCCUGCGGCGGGGCCAGGUGGUGACUGCGCUCAAGGCGGGGCUGUGGGAGCUGGGGAGCUAUGCGAUGCUGUGUCUGGCGUGGAGGUAUGGCGGCUGGCGCCCGACGCUGUUUGUGUUGCUGUUGCCCUUGUUGCAAUUACGCGUGGGCUUGAUGGUGGGGAAUUGGGGCCAGCAUGCCUUUGUGGAUGAGGUCGAUCCCGACUCGGAUUUUCGGUCGAGUAUUACCUUAAUUGAUGUUGCUAGCAACCGCUUCUGCUACAAUGACGGCUACCACACCUCCCACCACCUCAACCCCCGUCGGCACUGGCGCGAUCACCCCGUCGCCUUCCUGCGCCAGCACGCCCGCUACGCCGCCGAACACGCCCUCGUCUUCCGCAACAUCGACUACAUCAUGAUCACCGUGCGGCUGCUGCGCAAGGAUUAUCGGUAUCUGGCCAAGUGUCUGGUGCCGAUGGGGGAGCAGAUCGCGAUGACGCUGGACGAGAAGGCGGAGAUGUUGCGGCGGAAGACGCGGCAAUUUAGUGAGGAGGAGAUUGCGAAAAAGUUCAAAACGAUCUAGGUGCUGUAUAUCGUUGAUGCUGAAGGGGGGAGGGAGGUAUAUAUACUUGCGUGUUGCGUAUAUAGCUACCUUUUUUUUUUGGUGCAGUGAUAGCAUACUGAUCAUGAGAAUCACUGAGCAAAAGACAUUAC